ACGAAUUAAUUGGGAUCACACAUACCAAACUUUACCAAUAAACAAAUUACUCUACCCAAUUGGUCAAUUUUAAAAUUUCUAAUUUCUUUUCUCUCUCUUUUUCUGCAUAUAAAAUAUAAAAACGCACUUACACUAAUUCAUUUGAUCCUAUACAAUAUCCCAAGACAGAACCUCUCCACACACUUUUCCUUUAUUUUUGAACCAAACUCUUUCACUUUUCCUUUAUUUGCAGUUUCUUUUUUCAAUAUCUGUGAACAAAAUUAAAGCUAUCAAAAUCGCGUUUCAAAAGCAGAAAAAGAAAGAAGAAGCUAUUAUGAUGGAAACCAUGCAGCUUCAGAAGCAGAGAGAUGAAGGAGAAGCUUCUUUUUCUUCUUCUCAUAAUCAUAAUCACGUUUCGCCUUCUCCAAGUUUCAGCAGUUACUCAUCGGAGACACUCGCCGAGAUCGCCGCCAGAGUAAUCGACGAGCUUCGAUGGGAUCCUCAUUCCGUUUCCGACGACGACGCGCUUUACCAACCGUGGGAAAACGACAGCGGUUUUGCUGCUACUCCAAACGAAGGUGAGGAUGACGGUAGUGAGUUUGAGUUCGCGGUGGUUUCGACGGACUCGAUAAAUUUCCCGGUGGUUUCCGCGGAUGACAUUUUCUAUAACGGUCAGAUCAAGCCUUUGUAUUAUCCAGUUUUCGAUCAAAAUCUUCUAAACGACGACGAAGCUGUUUCCUCCGUGACAGUUUCCAAUGAAACUACAACACGACGUCGUUUACCUUUACGGACGCUGAUGUUUGAGGACAACGAAACGACGGCAUCGUGUUCGUCGUCCACUGACGAGAGUGUAGACCUAGAAGCUGUAGCGGAAGGGAGUUACUGCGUGUGGAACCCUAAUUCGGUUGGAAUUGAACCAAAAAAGAGUAGCUCCGCCGGUUCUGGAUCGAAGCGGUGGAAGCUUCGGAACUUGCUUUUGAGAAGCCAUAGCGACGGGAAGGAUAAGCAACCGGUGAUGUUUCAGAUUCCGAAAACGACGGCGGGUAAAGUUUCGCCGUCGGUGGAGCAUGACGGGAAGAAUCAGAGUAAGAAGAAGUCGUUUUUACCUUACAGACCCGAAUUUGUUGGACUUUUCGCUAAUGUCAAUGGGGUUGGUAGGAAUCUGAACCCGUUUUGAUUUUUCGACCCGAGUUCAAUAUUAUCAGUAUUUUUAUUUAUUUAUUUUUAAUCAUAGUGUACUAUUUAUGUGCCAUGUCAAUCUAAUUAUUUUAUAGUUUAUUUGUUUUA